GGUUCAUUAAAGACCUACAAAAGUUCGAUUUGGGGUCUUAGCUGUGCCAUGAGACUACUCGUGCUUCUGGGCCAACCGGCCCAUAAGACCUGUCAAUUGAUAGGUUUCGAUACAGCACAACCCGUGAGCACCGUAAACUGGGCUGAAGUGGAUAGUUUUAGAUUUAACCAGACACAACCGCUUCGUCCCUACCUCCCAGACUCUUUUAGUAACGGUCAAAAACCCCGCCAAAGCAUGACUUACAAAUAUCAUGGGAAAUUAUCUUCGUGUAACAAGUCUCUUAUCAGAAUCCCUAUACAAACCAAUAUUAAUCUCAUCGUUCUCUUCAUCAGCACCUGAAAAGCUAACAAAAGUCCCCACAAAAUGGGAAACAAAAGCCUUCUCUCACAUUUUCCAAGCGUGUACGCACCAACGAGUGCAAAACCCAGGUAAACAAGCCCAUGCUCGCAUGAUUGUAUCUGGAUACAAGCCCAGAAUCUUUGUCACCAAUUGUUUAAUCCAGAUGUACAUAAAAUGCUCCAAUUUAGGGCUUGCACACAGGGUGUUUGAUCUAAUGCCCGACAGGGAUGUUGUUUCUUGGAAUGCAGUGGUUUUUGGGUACGCUGCGUGUGGGGAAAUGGAGAUUGCAAGUUCAUUAUUUGAGGCAAUGCCUGAAAGAGAUGUAGUUUCAUGGAAUUCGUUGAUUUCAGGGUUUCUGCACGCGGGGGAUUGUCUCAAGGUGACUUGUUUGUUUAUGGCGAUGGGGAGAUCAGGUGUGGCAUAUAAUAGGAGAAGUUUUUCUUUUGUUUUGAGAGCAUGCUCAAUAUUAGAGGACUAUGAUAUGGGGGUUCAGGUUCACGACAUUGCGAUGAAAACGGGUUUUGAUAGGGAUGUGGACACAGGGACUGCAUUGGUAGAUAUGUAUGCAAAGUGUAAGAAAUUGGAUGAUUCGCUUUUGCUAUUCCGUGAAAUGUCUGAGAAGAAUAGGGUUUCAUGGAGUUCUGUAAUAACUGGUUGUGCUCAGAAUGAUGACUUUGUCAAGGGUUUGGAAUUAUUCAAGGAGAUGCAGAAGGAAGGAAUUGAGGCUAGUCAAUCUACUUAUGCUAGUCUCCUCAAGUUGAGUGCAGGAUUUUCUGCAUUCAGGUUAGGUACUCAGUUGCAUGCCCAUGCUUUGAAGAACAGUUUUGGGUCGGAUGUUGUUAUUGGAACUGCCACUUUGGACAUGUAUGCAAAAUGUUACGAUAUCCUAGAUGCUCGAAAGUUGUUUAACGCAUUACCCAACCAUGAUUUGCAAUCUUACAAUGCCAUUAUUGUUGGCUAUGUACGAAAUGGUCAAGGCUAUGAAGCUUUGCAGUUAUUUUCCCUUUUGACAAAGUCUGGUCUUGGAUUCAAUGAUACAAGUUUAUCAGGGGCAUUUAGUGCUUGUGCAAUGAUUAAAGGGUAUUUGGAGGGGCUUCAACUACAUGGGCUUGCUAUUAAGAGUUCUCUUACAUUAAAUAUUUGUGUAGCAAAUGCCAUUAUAGACAUGUAUGGUAAAUGCAGAGCUCUGACUGAAGCUUGUCGUGUCUUUGAUGAAAUGGAAAGAAGGGAUACUGUAUCUUGGAAUGCAAUUAUUGCUGCUUAUGAGCAGAAUGGAAAUGAAGAGAAACCACUAUCCUAUUUUGUUUCAAUGCUCCGUGCAAGGAUUGAACCUGAUGAGUUCACUUAUGGCAGUAUAUUAAAAACUUGUGCCAGUCAGCAAGCUUUGAAUUAUGGCAUGGAGAUCCAUAACAGAGCUAUCAAAUCAGGAAUGGGGUUGAACUGGUUUGUUGGAUGCGCACUUGUUGAUAUGUACUGCAAGUGUGGAUUGACGGAGGAAGCUGAGAAGAUCCACAACAGAAUGAAAGAAAGAAAUAUAGUUUCAUGGAAUGCAAUAAUUUCGCGAUUCUCAGGAGAAAAACAAAGUGAAAAUGCUCAGAGAUAUUUUUCGAGGAUGUUGGAAAUGGGUGUAAAGCCAGAUAACUUCACUUAUGCUAUAGUUCUAGAUACUUGUGCUAAUUUGGCUACUGUUGGACUUGGCAAGCAAAUUCAUGCACAAGUAAUUAAGGAAGAAUUGCAGUCAGAUGUUUAUAUAUCCAGAGCUCUCAUUGAUAUGUACUCAAAGUGUGGAAACAUGCAAGACUCACGGAUAGCAUUUGAUAAAGCACCAAAGGAGAACCUUAUGACAUGGAAUGCCAUGAUUUCUUGCUAUGCUCAGCAUGGGUAUGGAGUUGAUGCCCUCGAGGUUUUUGAGAACAUGGAACAUGAAAAUGUGAAGCCAAAUCACACAACUUUUGUCUCAGUGCUCCGAGCUUGUGCUCACAUGGGACUUGUUGAAAAAGGGCUGUACUACUUCAAGAUAAUGCUAUGUAAAUAUGACUUAGAUCCUCAGCUGGAGCAUUAUUCAUGCUUGGUCGAUAUAUUAGGAAGGUCAGGCCAAGUUGGCAAGGCUUUAAAACUAAUUCAAGAGAUGCCUUUUGGAGCCGAUGAUGUUAUAUGGAGAACUCUGCUUAGCAUUUGUAAGAUCCAAGGGGAUGUUGAUGUGGCAGAAGAGGCAGCCAAUUCGAUUUUGCAAAUGCAUCCACAGGACUCGUCCGCUCAUAUUCUACUAUCAAAUAUUUAUGCUAAUGCCGGUAUGUGGGGCAAAGUUUCAUAUGUGAGGAAGAUGAUGAGGCAGAACAGGCUUAAAAAAGAGCCUGGUUGCAGCUGGAUUGAGGUAAAAGAUGAGGUGCUUACAUUCCUUGUUGGGGACAAGGCUCAUCCCAAAUGUGAAAAGAUAUAUGAGAAUCUUGGUUUACUAAACUGGGAAAUGAAGAGGGCUGGGUAUGUGCCUGAUGCAGCCUUUUUACUUAAUGAGAGUACAGAAGAAAAUAAGCAACAAUAUGAGCCCAGAAUCAGGAUGUGCAAUCUAUAGUUUCACAACAAAAUAUCCCAAUCAAUUGUAUUUCAGAAAAAUUUUUGGUGCUAACCAGCCCUUCCAUAGCUGAGGACUUCAUUCAUAGCUCCAACAAUGGCUCUGCCUCAAUGUUCGAAUCCCAAGAUCUGGUCGUAUGAAGCCACAGCACCAUCUUCAGGUCUAAAUCUGAUGCGAUACCAAGAUAGUCAUGGCCAACAAGAGGUGGGUCAUGAACUAGUUACCAGUUUUGUUUGAAGCUUCUAUGUAAUGGGGCAUACAAACAGUUGCAGUAAAACAUUAAUGAUUUUAAGAUCUCAGAUUUCAUCA